UUCACCUGUGCCUGUGGGCAAUGUGAAAAAUAAGCCAAAUAGUUAUUGCUAUUUUUCGUAAGAAGGAGCGGCCAAAUAUCGUUAAUUAAGCUAUUACCAAAGCUACGUAGGCCCCGGAUCCGUGGCGGUAAAAGCGCCCUGCGGGAAAUCACAGCGGCGUUAAAGCUACACAUCGUCGGCGUCUUCUUUUUUUUUUUGUAAACAAAACAAAAAUACACAAAUUGUAAUAAUCUAACAAAUGCCUCGCAGCUGAGAUAACUAGACGAUGGACAAUAAGAAGGAUAUAUACAACCUGUGGGUGCAAUAUACGACAAAGAACGAUGAAACGUACUUCCGGGAGUUUGUGGCGCGUUUCGUGGCCAUUUGGCGCAGUCAACUCCAAUUGGACUUCCAAGCCGAGAACUGUCCCCUGUGGAACGAAGUAAAGACGGACAGUGGCCCGCACCUGGGCCGCCUGCCCGAUGAGCUUUUACCCGCCAUUGGCAAGUUCAUUAUAGUGGCUAGGGAUGCGUGCGAUACGGUCGGAGUUCUUGAGGAGGAGGCCAUCGAGCAGGUGGCCAUACUCAUUGACUGCCUGGUGAUUGUGUGCCGGCAUUUUGACAACAUCCUGGCCAUCAUCAAGUACGAAUACAAGCCAAAUCUAAUCGCCAUACUGACGAGGGUCUUCAAACAACAAAUGAGUGAGACCCAAACCACGGCCGCUACGAGUCACCUGUUUCGCAGUUUCUCGGCCUUUCUGGAGGUCAUGUAUGACCCGUACCUGACGUGGCGCAGCUUUGUUAGAGGCCAUUCAGCGGAUUAUAGUCGUUUGUCCUACAAACCUCACUCUGUGCACGUAGAGAUUGUUCCCUUUAUAUAUGAUUGCUUCCAAGAGGAAAAACUCAUCCGUUAUGCGGAAAUAGGCGAGAGUCUAUUAAAUAUUUUAGGAGCAGUAAUUUGCGGCUCACAGUUGCAGCUAAAGGUGGCGCAGACUCUAAACUCGACCUCGACCCUGACAAAUAGAAAUACUAACGCUCUAACCAAUUCUUCACUUGCCCCCUGCUCGGGUGAUGGGCUGCUUCUAGACUGUGAUAACCUGCGCAAUGGUAUGAAGGCCAUUUGCCCUGCCACAGUGUCCAUCACCAUGGGCAUUCUGCGACAGUGGGAGAGUACCAAUAGCCUGCGCUGUGUGGCCCUCAAUUGCUAUGCUCUGAUGGUCAUCGUCCUGCAGAAAUCUAGUCCAGAAGAACGCCAAAUAGACCUAGUUACGUUAGUUCAACUCUAUUGUGAUGCUCUUCAAGAGCUACUGGCCACCAAGCACUUUGACAGCGGCGACGCCAACUUCGACAUAGCCAGCGAUGCGGAUCAGGAUGUGGCCAUCGACAUGGCUGCCCUCUCAUCCACAGUGGCGGCUGUGAAACUGUUCUUGGGCAGCGAAACUGUUCUUGCUGCAUGUGAGGCCAUUGUAGAAUCGAAUCUACUUGAUAUCUUAACCAACCUGCCGAAGCUCAUCAAGCCCUGGCACAUUUCUCAUUCGAGUUCCUUGUGCAGCACCAUGGAGGCCUUGGCCACUUUGACAAGGAACUCGCCACAAUCCGCCAAUCAGCUCCGCCAGGCUGAGCGCAUUGAAAAGGUCUUUGCCAGCUUGAGAACUUUUGGUUCGCCCACCGUCAGUUUGCUGGACUCAUGCUUCAUGCUGGGCUAUGACGAUCAGAAGCACCUGCUUCUCCUGCCCGAAGUAAUGCUAGAGCUUCUAAACUGGGUGCCAGAGCUUCAGGAGCAGGAACAGUUGCAUGUAACCAACCUAGUGCUCAAGGGCUGCACAGACAACUACGGAACAAAAUCUGUAGCUUGCGGUAGUCACGUAAUCAAGGCAGUAUGUGGUUGCCUUCUGAAAGCAGAGUCCUUGGGCGAAAACUGUGUCCAGAAUCUCAUCAAGCUUAUUGAGGAGCUGAGCAAACUUAGCAUAGUUCCCGUGGAACUUAAGUGCAUCUUUGCCCUUCUACGGCAAGGCACAAAGUUUCCGCAAAACAAGCAGUUACAGCAGACCCUAGUUGUCAUUGCCCUUCAGAGCUUAAGAGGCAGCAACUCGUGCUCGCAGUACUUUGCCAUUGAACAACAGACGGAUGGCAUUGGAGUGCCUGACAUUCGCAACUGGACCAUUUCCGGAUCGUAUGGCUUCAUCUUUCACAUCCUGGUGCGCUUCAAUCAGCUAAAGGACCAGCCCAGCAAUCGUCGCAUGCUUCUGACGCUCCAGACAGCCAGUGGCAGUGGCUUCGAGGUUUUCGUUCAGCCUAAUGGCAAUGUGGUUGUGGCUGCCCUGACCAGGCGCGAGUAUCUUACUUCUUCCACAGCCACAAAGACUCUGAUGGAUGGCCAGUGGCAUUACCUCACCGUAGCCAUAACACCACCAAAGCGACCCUUCUCCUACAGUCAGAUCAACAUCUAUGUGGAUUUUGUCCAGAAGCUGAGUGCCACUCUUAAAGUUCAGGCGGUGAAUGAGCCCUUUACAGUUUGUUCCAUUGGAGCGGUGGUGGCGCCGCCUCAACCAGGUGAAGUGGCCAAAACCGGGAUCAUGCCCAGGUCUUCCUCUCAGGAGAGCGGCUCGAGUGGUUACAAGGGGAUGCUGCCAAGUCUUCUAGAGCGCACACUUUCUGCAAAUGUUUCCAACUACUUCACAUUACCCAUGCGGACCCAGACGGCCUUUGAUCCAAAUGUGAAGAACUUCCCCAUUGGAAUGCAGGACACGGUCUUCGGAGAGCAAGCCUGCCUCAAUGGUCAUCUAGGUGGCGUCCUGCUAGCCGAGCCCACCACCAACUUGAAGACCAUCUUCGAUGCGGGGGCCAACUUCAGCUCAAUCUUCUCGCAGGACAACGAUCUCCUGGAGCUGAACUCUCGCUUUGUGUUCUGCUAUGCGCCCGGGGCAGUUUGGCAUGGCGUCUGCCAGGAUUUGAUACCAGGAGGAAAAUAUCCAGGCAGGAUUAACGCUAGACAUUGUAAGAUUGUGAAAAUCCAGGAAACCAUCAACAGUAUUGGAGGAAUUAGUGCCAUACUGCCGAUCCUGCAUAGGUUGGUGAGUUCGGAACAGGCGGCCGACAUCUCAAUAGCCAGUGUCAGCGAGGACUCGAAUGCAUCCUGUGCUCCUACACCCACGGCCGAGGAGUUCACCGACUGGGAGAUGCUCUCCUCGAACUCGUACACCGAGUGGAAAAUGUUGCAGCAUCCGGUGGCCAGUUUCCUGUGCCUGCUCCGCUACUUGACCCAUGAGCACGAGAUGAACCAGGAGCAGUUGCUGGCCAGUGAGUGUCUGGCGAUCGUGGGCAUCAUGCUGCAACGGUGCCCACCAGCUCUGUUUGAUGUGAAUGCUCUUAUGGCCACUCACCUUCUAAUGGAAUCUCUGCAAGGCCACAAAUCGGAGGCUGGCGGCCAGCUUCUGGAUGCUCUUUACGCGCACAUAGUCUUCGAUUUUGCGAUCUGGUCAAGAUUGCAGUUUCAGAUCACCCUGGGACACGUACAGUACCUGAGCGCCAUGAUCAAGAACGACAGAAAGUUCUUCCGGCGGCGCUACGGCGUUCAGUUUGUUCUGGACGUGGUGCGUCAGUACUACUCCACGCCGGACAGUAUCACCGACGAGGACGCCAAGACCAUAAGGGCGACCCUCUUCGGGAUCAUCCGGUUCUACUUGCAGAAGGAUGUGAACAUCAAGGAGGUGAAUGCCAUGGUGGCGUUUCUGGCUUCUGUCAGGCAGGAUGUGGUUCUGGUUGAGUUCCUGGAAAUGAUGACUCUCUAUCUGCGCGGCAAGAACUGCAAGGACCAGAUGGUGCUACUCCUGCAUGAGCCGCAGUCCGCCAAUCUCAUAUACAACUUUUUUGUGGACAAGAGCUACAACAACCAGAUCCAAGAGGCAGCGAUUAGGUUCAUCAGCGGACUGCUGGCCACAUCGCGAGUUCACCAGAAGUACAAGCAAGUGCUCCGACUGUACGACCAAGCCACCGAGCAGAGCAUGUUUCCUGGCUUCUUCUCCUUCAUCACUCCCCUGUCCCUGAGCUCCACAAUACUCUUCCAUUUGGUGGAUGAAAUGCUGGGCCUGCAGCCAGACUAUGCGGGCCUCAUCUUCCUGGUCUACCAUGUGAGCACCUGUGACCUGCCCGUGAAGUUGGAGAUCGCCAAGCGCCUGCUGCAGACCACGUUCGUGAAGCAAAAUUCUACGGUGGCGAUGGCCAAGCAGACUGGCUGGCAGGAGUCUAUUGCCCGCCUGCUCAUCCGCAAGCCCAUCACCAGCUCGCCGCCGGAUGAAGAAAAGCGACGCAGUUUUGGCAUCAACAUGGAUGUCUUACUGGAGGAUAACUCCACUUUCCUGGCUCAGGCCGAUCUGAUUACCUUUUCGGACCAGGAGAUCGGACUGGCCCAGCUGCAGCAACAGCAGCAGGAGGAGGAGCAGAGCGACAGUGGUCUUAUACUGAACGAGAUCCAGGCCAGUGUGUCCGAGGCAGCCACUGUCAUUGAAAGCGAAAUCAAGGAGCUAGCCGAGUCUGUGUCUGGGGCAGUGGUGGAAAAUGCCAGCAGCUUGUUCUCGGUGAUUCGGCAGACCACCCACGACAUCCAGGACACCUUUGAGUCACUAACUCUUGGUAGCUCCACAGACACCGCUGACGGUGGUUCUCAGACGCCGUCGAUUCAGCGCGAGGAAUCUCUGAGCUCCGACAGUUCUACGCAAUCGCCGCAUGGAGCUCCCAAGAAAAGUGACUCCCUGGAGAGUACUUCCGCCUUUGACUUCGUGGCCGAUGGUGACGUGGACACUGAGGAGCAGCUGGUGUACUUGGUCUCAAACACCCUCUUCAACAUCUUCUGGCGCGGCAUAUCGAACGAUCAUCCGCAUUGCUGGCAAGAGCGUGGCCAGGUGCUGGGCUGCAUCAACUUGCUGGCUCUGAACAAUGAGCUGAUUACCUCGCACCUCUCCCUGCGUCUCCGCAUCCUGGAAAUGGCGGUACAGGCCUCGCUCUUCGACCUCUCGGAGCACGGUAGCCAGACUCUGGUCAAUCAGGAGAACGCCUCGCACAUCCUGCGCAUGGUCUACGAACUGGUGGUGCUGGGUUCCAACGAGGACGAGUCCAAGAAGUGCUCCACUAAGCUCCUGGACGGUGUGCUGGCCUUGCUCGAUGCACUGAUGAUCUUCCAGCAGGGAUCCUCGGACGACUGGUCCGACAUGAUUCGCUUGUGCCUGGGCCUGCUGCUCAAGUGCUCUCAUCACCCGAAUCCCGGAAUAGUGGCCAUGGCCACGGCCAAACUGCAUGCCAUACUUCAAAGUCGUUCCACCGAGGAUCCAGCGGAGCUGUCCUACCUCUUGUACAGCAUCAAUAGGGCCUUGGAUAAUGCCAUUGAGGUGGGCAAUCCCGAGGAGUAUUCCUUCUUGAUGCCUGUGAUGAAGGCUCUUUUGGAGAAAUGUCGCUUGGCCUUCAACCUGGAGUCCACUCUUCCGGACUUGCCCUCCACAUCGGCGGGUCCUGUCUUCUUCAAUGACUUCCAAAUGUACAGCACCAGCAAGAAGUGGAGGAACUUUAUAGAACGCAUGGUAAAACCCCUAUAUGAUCGCUACCAGCGCGACAUCGAGCUCCACCUGUGGGAGCCCAUCAAUCGAUUCUGGGCAGAGUGCUACGAGGCCUGCAAGGCGGCCUCCAAGCAGCGUGCCACCCACCAGGCGGAGAACCGGCGUCUGUUCCAGCAGAAGAUCUACAUGCCCUGGAAGGUGCGCCAGGUGGAGGAGAUGCAACGCCUCCAGACGGCGGCACUGCAUCACAAAACGAUCGACAGUCACAUACGGAAGCGAUGGAAGACCGCCAAGCGUUUCUUGUACGGUCCCCGGGGUCCCUGGUAUACCGGAGACCUCGACGAAGAAUUCUGGAAAUUAUCGCCCCACGAAAAUGUGGCCAGGAUGCGGCUUAAACUGGAACCCCAACUAUAUCCCAACAAGCACGAAAACGCAGCCAACUUGCGGGACAAUGCCACCAGUGCUUAUGACACCAAGGAAAUCUCCGAGUUUGAUUCCACCAUCAAGAAUGCUGUGGUGCGGGACUUCCUGGCGGACGACGAGAGCUCCCAGUUGGAGGAGGAGCUGAAGCAGCUGAUCGAUAGCCAGGCCCAGCAGGAUGUGGCCCUGGAGAAGCUAGUCAUUUCGCAGGACUGCGAACUUAUCACACUGAUGACCAAGGUCAAGGGUCGCAUAGAGGUCAACCAAAGCGUUUUUACCUUCGUGGACUUGAGUCCACCGACAGAGGAUGGUUCCAAACACGAUUUCCGGUUCUCCACAAACAAGAUACGGGAAGUGCAUCUCAGAAAGUACAAUCUGCGGAGGAGUGCUCUGGAGAUCUUCUUGGUGGAUCAGACUAGUUACUUCCUGAACUUCACAACAAAGACUCGUAACAAGGUUUUCACAAAAAUUGUGGGUCUUCCUCUGCCAAACAUUCUGUAUGGAUCCGGAAGAUCCCCAGCUGAGCUACUCAGGGCUUCGGGUCUCACCCAGAGGUGGAUCAAUCGAGAGAUUUCCAAUUUUGAAUACCUAAUGUACCUGAACACAAUUGCAGGUCGAUCCUACAAUGACCUGAGCCAAUACCCUGUCUUCCCUUGGAUCCUCGCUGACUAUACAAGCGACGUGUUGGAUCUAACAGAUCCCAAAUCAUUCCGUGACUUAUCCAAGCCCAUUGGAUGCAUAAACCCCAAAAACGAGGCUGAAGUACGCAGCAAAUACGAUUCGUUCGAGGAUCCUUCCGGUGCCAUACCCAAGUUCCAUUACGGAACCCAUUACUCCAACUCGGCCGGCGUGUUGCACUAUUUACUCCGCGUUGAGCCCUUCACCUCGCUGCACAUUGACCUCCAGAGUGGACGCUUCGAUGUGGCCGACAGGCAGUUCCAUUCGAUACCCCAGACAUGGAAGCUGCUCAUGGACAAUCCCAAUGAUGUAAAGGAGCUGAUACCCGAGUUCUUUUACUUCCCAGAGUUUCUCAAAAACAUGAACAAAUUCGAUUUGGGCCACUUGCAAAUCACCAAAGAAAAGGUCGACGAUGUCAUACUGCCUGCCUGGGCCACCACUCCCGAGGAGUUCAUUGCCAUCCACCGGCGGGCUCUGGAGUCGGAGUACGUCAGCCAGCACUUGCACCACUGGAUCGACUUGAUCUUUGGCUACAAACAGAAAGGACCCAAGGCUGCGGAGGCUCUGAACGUCUUUUACUAUUGCUCUUAUGAAGGGGCAGUGGAUCUAGACAAGAUCACCAAUCCUGUGGAACGGGAAGCAGUUGAAGGAAUGAUUAAUAACUUUGGCCAGGUGCCAUCGCAGCUACUUCGGGAGCCUCAUCCUCGACGCCUCACCCAGGAUGAGACAUGUCUGAAGCUACUCCGAGCAGAGCUACGACGUCCUGAUCUCACCCAGUUCCUGGACAAAGUGGUUCAGUACUACUGCGAACUGUCGACGCCCAAAGAUCCCAUUGUCUACCUGAGUCCUCCGCGUAGUCCACCGAGAUCUUUCCUCCAACUGAGUCCCGAUGUCCUGGUCAGUGUAUCUAAGUCUAGUAUACUGGGCUGCAACUCUUGGCUGUCGUUCGACAAGGAUCAGGGAUUCCUCCUGGAAAUUGAUGCCACCACAGCUAAUCUCAAAAACCGCAAGCGAGUGUUUGGUCCGUACCAUCCCUCCCAGCCACCCCACUCCCAGCUCUUUGCGGUGAGCACUGAUGGCAAGCUGCUCUACGCCGGCGGCAUCUGGGAUAACUCCCUGCGAGUCUACAACGUCAAUAAGGGAAAGGCCUUGGCUUCGGUCACCCGCCAUCUGGACAUCAUUACGUGCAUAGCUCUGGAUAACUGCGGCUCGUAUCUGGUCACAGGAUCCCGCGACUGCACCUGCAUAGUCUGGAGCAUCCAGUCGAACCACCAGGGUGGAGGUCCCUCCACCAGCAACAUUCCGGUGCAUGCGCUGCAGGGUCAGUCGCAUCUCCAGGCCAUCACCCAGCUGAACACCCAGAAUAGCUACUCUCCCAAGCCACUGACAGUGCUGCAUGGUCACGACGAUGCCAUCUCCAGUGUGGCCAUCUACACGGAACUGGAUCUGGUGGUCUCUGGAUCGCUGGAUGGUACUGUGAAUGUCUAUACCCUGCAAGAGGGUCAAUUUGUGAGAACACUUAAGCCCAUUGGUUGCACAGAGUCCUGUGUGCAAAUAUCCUUCGUAACGGUUUCGUAUCAUGGUCAUAUUGCGUUUAGCGCCCUCGACGACACCUCGCACUCGGUGCAUGUGUACAGCAUCAAUGGAUGCAGCCUGGGCUCCAAGUACGUGUCCGGCCGGGUCACCGGACUGGCCAGUGCCUCCGACUAUCUGGUAGUGGCCGAUGACGCCGGCGACAUCACCAUGAGCAGGCUACACGGAUUGAAGCCCGUAUUUGACAUUCCCUUGCAUGUGCCCAUCCAGACGGUAGUGGUGACGCCGGGAAACACCCACAUCCUGGCACCGCUCCGCGACGGUCGUCUGGCGGUGAUCGCCGUGCAACUGCCCUCCGGGGGCAACAAGAAGCAUUCCGUGCUCAACGUUUAGAGACAGCUAGAGUGCCAGACUUUGCACUUUCACCCAUUUCCGAAUUUUAGCCCCAAUCUAGAAUAAGUUGUCCACUUUGUCAGUCUUUUAUUUUGUGUUAGAAUCCACCCUAGAUUUAGUUUGUGUGUUGUGAUUUGUCAUUAUUUCGUUUCUUGUCUACAAGAAUUUCUACACUACGUGACGUGCCAAAAGCAAAGCCUUUGACGAGCAUAUAAUUCCCAGAAAAAUGUUGACAAGUGUGUUUCUAAACAUAUUCCAUGUAGCACAGCCAGUAGAUUUAUUGCAUUCCCACAAUUUCCGUGCCAACUGAGCAGUAUUUCUUUCCACAUCGAUGUGCGUGCGUAGCUGGGAGGUGGCAGGAGGCUGGAAUACCACCUGUCCUGCGAUCGGGCCUGGGACUGGGCCUGGGCCUCCCAGGCAUGAUCGAUGGCACACUCUUCUUUGGUUAGCCGAUGAAAAUCUGAAUAAAUCAUCAAUCAUUUACGAACGAGGAGAUAUCUCUUUAAUUUUUUUGUGUGCCGGACAUGCGGCAUGAGACGGAAAGGGAGCAUGGCGGUGGAAACUGGUUGACGACGACGACGCCGCACUUGGCAAACUACUCACUGACUCACGAUCGACUUUUAAAUUGGCCCCAAAAAAAAAAAAAGCCCCAAAACUGAAAUCUUAAAGAAAAAAAUCUGCCCGGCAACAGCGGCAAGGCGAUUCAACAUCCAGCUGCUCGAGUGAUCAAGAGAAACACUUUCGUUCCACCGUACCGCCCCCUUUUCGCCUGCAGGUCCCGAAACCGAAACCAAAAAUAGAGACCAGAGAUUUUUGUCCCAUUAAGUAGAGACAACUCUUAAAUCCGAUCACAUGGUGAUCCGCAAGUCAUUAAACGAACAUUUCCAAUUGAAAGUAUUAGAGUCCGUCCACAAGAGACCCAUAGACAAUACCAGUGCCAGAAUCAGAUUCUUCCCUGAAGCUAUCCCCGAAAAUAUCCACAUCUUUCAGUAUCUUUGCAGACUCUUCGAUUUCCAAAGACAAGUGACAAUAUUGAAGGUGAAUCUUGAGUAGAUUUUUACCAAACAGUUAGUACCCUCGCUUUGUACAGCGCACAACGGGGGUCCCGAGAUUAGACUCCUCGCCCCCUAAUAAGAACAAACACCUAUAUCGAUAUCCAGCAAUAUAUAGAAUAUAUAUACAUCAUCUUUGUGUACGUAAGGGGAUCUUAAUAGAUCCCAAGUUUCGUUAUUUGUUGUUAAGAUUGUAUCGUCGUUCAAACUAACUUGUACGUAAUUGUGUGUACGCGUUUCUGUAGAUAUAUAAUGUCUAUCCCUGUAGUCCUUAGAUCCUGUCAAUAAAGUGAUGAUGAGAAUUACUAAAGACACA